CCCCACGUUCCCCCACUUGAGCGUGGGCGUUUAAACCCCAACAAUCAUAUUAACCAAUGCUCUGCCAUCUAUCUGCAUUUUACUACUACUUUUCACCGCCCAUUCUCCACCCAAUUAAUAACCAAAUAAUAGGGAUAAAGAUGGUACAUCUCACUGAUUUUUUAUCAGUGCCAAUGAUCUCUCCACGCGCUCACGGCGGCUCGUGAGUGUAUUGUUUUGGUUGAUAAUCAGGGCUUGGGGAAGCCAAAACUUGGUGGGCCCAGCAUAGUUGGCAACUUGGCAUUGACAUUUCCAGAACUGAACAAUAAUUUAACACCCCCGCAAUGCACAUUCGCAAGGUCAUACACACCACCUCCGCCUCUACCUCCGCCGUCUCUCUCUACUCUCUCUCAAAGUUGUGUCUUCAGCUUUGUAUGGAGGACACAGCGGACAACCACCCAUUAGCCAUAGGCACAUUUCAGAGGAGAGAGAGGAGACAGAAGCCAAAAUCAGUCAAGGGCGUGAUCAGGAGAAAGAGGGAACAUCUGAAGACUGAACACAAGGACGACGGCGGCGGUGGUGGAGGUGAUGAAGAGGAUGAAGAGGUAGAGCUAGAGGUGGAGAAGAAGAUCAUGGAGUUGCAGAGGAUUGUACCAGGAGGAGAGUGGGUUGGGAUUGAAAAUUUGUUUGAACAAACCGCUAGUUAUAUAUUGGCCUUGCAGUGUCAGGUGAAAGCCAUGAAUGCUGUGGCUUCCUUUCUUGAAGGUCUGGACAUGGAGAAGAGGAAGCUCGGAGGUUAAACAAAACAAUCGCCCUUCUCUUUCUUCUCCAUUGCUUUCAACUUUCAUCCUUUCCUUAAUUUUUUCCCCCUUUCCUCUGUAAUUUUUUUUUUUUUUUUUAAAAAAAAGAGAAAUUUCUUGGUUUUCCGAUGAAAAGGAAGAGAGGUUGAGGUUGGUGAGCACCAUUGUUGUGGUUUGGCAAUGGAUUUUCAGCCAAUAUCAUGUGCAGGUAGGAAAUUCUAAAUCUGAUCAUAAGGUUGGCUUUUUGAAGAAGUA